GCCAGCGUGACGUCAUAUACGGGCGACAACCAAGUUCAAGAAUUGUUUUGGUUUCUCGGUCCUGUUCUUUGACUUGUUUUCCUUUUUUAUUCAUUUUUGUCAGCAGUUACAAUUGAUAUGCAGCAGCGCUAAUAUUUAUGCUUAUUAAUUAUCGACGAUUUAUUACCGGUCGAGUGUGCUAAAAUGACUGCGAUUGUAUCAGAGUUGAAUGAAGAGCAGACAAAUGGAAUUCUCGAGAUGAUGGAGCUGCUUUGCAUCGACGUGCUGGAGGAGGAAGACGUUUCGGAUAAGGUCGAGGAUGUGCUACGGGGCACACCCGAGGGAGAGCAGGCCCCCUUAUCAAAGAACGUGUUGAGGAAGCAGCGGCACUGGGAGAGGAAGCUGGCGGCCAGGAAGAGCAAAAGAAAGGAGGAGAAACUGAGGAGGAAGCUCAAUCGGCAAACAGAAGCAGACGUGGAGCACCCUCAGCUCACCAAGCGGGUCAUGAAGGCGGUCACCAAGGAGCGUUUGGCCGAGGCUCGCUCCAGUGGCGUCAAAGUGUGCGUUGACCUCGCCAUGACCCACCGCAUGUCUGACAAGGAGACGAGUCGGCUGGCGGCCCAGUUACGGCGGCUGUAUGGGUCCAACAGAAGAGCGAGCAAACCCUUCCAUUUGUUUUUAACCAGCUUUUGCGAGAACAGUCGUCUCCUGGCGAAGUGCGUGCGCAUGAACGCCGGCUUCCUCAACUACAGCUUGGAAAGAACAGAGCAAAGCUGUCUGGACAUUUUCCCUCCAGGCAGGGUCGUCUACCUCUCGCCCGACGCGCAAGAAGCUUUGGAGCGAGUGGACCACAACACGGUGUACGUCCUCGGAGGACUUGUGGAUGAAAGCAUCCAAAAGACGCUGAGCCUGUCCAGGGCCGCAGAGCUGGGCGUCCGCGUGGCCCGGCUCCCGAUAGACGAACACAUGGAAAAGAUAGCCAACCGCAAGAACUUCCACUCCAAGAUUUUGGCCAUCAAUCAAGUCUUUGACAUUCUGCUGGCCGUGUGCGACACGGGUAGCUGGACGCACGCUCUGGACAAGUGCUUCCCUGCGGGGAAGGGUUUUGCAGUCGCACCCACACAUGACCAGCAACAAGACGAAUAAGAACAAGAGCGCAAACGUGGUUUUCAGUACGGUAAAUGUUAUUUGUGAAAAACUGCUCCUUCAUAAAAAUGAAUAAUCAGAA